GGUUUUUGACUGGGGAUGGACCCAAUUGAAACAUCCAUAAAAGGAAAUUAUGAGCAAUUAAUUACGCUGCAAUUGAAAAGGAUGCAUUUUGAAAUAUGAGAAUGCCUUGUAUGGUGAGGGACGUUAAGGAGAGGGGCUUUGGAAAAAUUCUUGACGUGCCUCUUCUGUUUUUGUCCUGCCGAGAAUUACAGCAGAUCCCAAGCCUUCUUCUGAUUCUUCUUCUGUCUCACGAGUCUGAACCUUGUUCUUCUGGGUGAUCCCCAACAAUGGCUGAUGAGAAGUUCUGCUGUACAUGGGUUGCACUGGCAGAUGUCACCUCCAAGACCCACCAGUCCCAGUGGCUCCAGGAAACUCUCUCCUAUGCAGACAAAAAAGUGGGUGCCAUUAGAGCAAUUGUGGAAGAUGAUGGUGAUAGAUCACAAAUUGUUCAAAUCCUUGAAGAACUGAAAAAGUCUUACUGUGCUUUAGCAGAGGGCCAUGAUCAGUUGAGGUCCAAGUUCAGUGACCACCAGGAUGCAAGAACUUCAGCAUCCCCCUUCAACCCCAAGAUUCUCCUCGAAGGCGCUAACGACGAUGCAUCGGGAGUUUCUGAGAGCCCCAAAAUGGACACUCUUGAUUCCCCACCGGAGUCGGCCGUCACAAAUCCCGAAGUGGAGUUCGACAACUUCCACUUCGAGAUCCUGGACGAGUUGGCCGAUGAUAUAGUCCAGGAUGAACCUCCCAGUGCCAAUCUGAAUCAGGUAAGACCAAUUGGUGGAGAAAUUCAUGGAGAACAUACUGAUAUGGGCAUCAAUGAAGAAAUCGCUCCUGCGAUCCAUGGUUCUGAGACUAAUCAGGAAGUAAUUAGUGAUCCCUGGACUGAACAUUUAGGGCGGGGGAUGAAGUGGAAUAAGCUGAAGCUCCAGGUCACCAAGCUGAUGGAGGAGAACCUGCAGAAGCAAGCAGAGCUGGUGAAAAGAAAUGAAGAAAAGAGAGGAAUCAUUAGGGGCCUCAGGUCGCGGCUGAACGGCUUGAAGGCCGAGAAUAAGGCGCUGCAGGACUGUCUCGUCUGCUCUAAGGCCAACCCGAAGGGCAACCAGUUUCAGAUGACAAGAUUGAAAGGCCUGGUCUUGAGUAGAAUUUUCGGAAGAAGUUCGCAGUGA